AUGGACAACACAGCUGAAGUAGCACAGAUAUUGGUGUUGAUAAUUGUGGGAAAGGACGAUAAACCGAUCUUCAUAAUGGACAUGAGCACAAAUGGCGUUCGUACUGACCCACCGCAUUUAGCGCAAUUUGUGGCAUAUCAAGCACUGGAUAAUAUAGAUGAGGUUAUUAAGACAUCAAACAUGUUAUUUCUAAAGCAAGUAGAUUACUUUGACACUCUAGCUGUGUCAGCAUAUAUAACACCCGGCCAUUGUAUAUUUUUGCUGGUCCAUCGCAAUCCCUUGAUUAAUCCAUUUCAAAUUACACCAUCUGGGAACGUCCCUACGCCGCCAAGCCAAGAAAGUAUUCGUCUUUUCUUUACCGAACUACAUGAGUUGUAUGUUAGACAGUUGAUUAAUCCUUUCUACACACCGUAUCACACUUCACUAGAGAACAACAAAUUUAAGAAUAGGGUAAUAGCGCUUUCUCAAAAACAUCUCCAUUAA